AUGUCUGAAUUGAAAUUCAAAUUGAAAUCAAGCCUGGAGGAAUGCAAAGAAAAUGUUUUAAACAUUAUGAUACGCAGAAAUUCUUACAACAUAGCGAAGGGAUUGCUACCAAGUUGCAGUGAUGUUCACUUGAAGUCAUGCAGAAAAAUUGAUGCAGCGCCUGCGCAAGAAAGUGUUACACCAAAGAAGAGAAAAAUGCAGAGCAAGUUUCUCUCGAGUGGUCCGAUAGAUGAGGAGCUGCGGUACGGUCUGCUGAAACGCAAGUAUUCCUACGACAUCAGCGUGAAAAAAUCAAAAAAUAUGGAGGGAAGACAUUCAUAUAUUGGAGAAAAAUCAGAAAAAUUUCGAAAAUUGGAAAUAUUUUCUAAAAGAAGGAGUUCGGUUCUGGACGAAUACAAAGAAAAUGUGAAAGAAGUGAUUAAUCGUAAAUACACCUACGACUUUACUCACAGGGUGCUGCCGAAUCCCAAGCAAUCUAAUUCUUGGAAAAAAAUUGAGGAAUUGCCAUCAUUCCAAGUCUUUUCGGAGCAGAUACAAACAGAAGCAGACGAAACAACGCAAAAUGAUUCCGUAUGUGAAAUGGGUCACUACAACCUUAAAAGUGACAAAAUUGUGCUGUUUAACAAAAUCUCAAAUUCUGCAUCGAAUGAACUCUUUUACAACAAAACGGUCAUGACGUUUGACCACUAUGAAUAUGAAACAGCAGGCAAGCACCAACCUGAGCGUAAGUCAAAGAGAAAAAGGCAGAGGAGAAUUAGUCGCAGUUUGCAGAGUUCUUUGAUGCGAGAAUCUCAAUAUCGCUGGUCCACCAAACCAUCCAUUGUAGCCUCACGAGUCAUCAGCGUUCAUUCGGCGAAAGAUUUGGACAGGAUGAUCAAUUUAGACAGUUCACAUGAAAUUACAUUGGAUUUGGCAAUUAAUUAGGAUACAACGGCAACUUUGAACAUGUAAACAAUAAUCAGCCUUUGUAACCAAUUACAAUUAACCAUGGAAUCGGUGAUGAAUGGUUGCAACAACCAGGAUGCUAUAAAAAAUGCAUUUUUUUGAAAAUAUUCUUUUUUUUCUCUAAACUUUGUUUUAUGAUGUUGAAUUUAUACUUCGCAAACAAAUGUUUCAAAUUUGAAUUAACAAUUUUAUGAAACCGUUGUGAAUUGUUUGUUAACUUUGUUAAACCUUGAAACAAUUUGAAAUACAUGAAACGUCUUAAUUAAUAAUUAAUUAAUCAAUUUAUUAACUGCAUUUUAUUUAUUUUUAUAUUUUUUACAUGCCGGAGACAUAUUUUUUUUAUGUUAAACCAAAUAUUACAACUUAAACAUCAUUCACACAAAUACUUUUCUGUAGAUCAAGUUAUUUUUUUUCC